UCGCUCGGGUGUCGGCAUUUCGCGAUGUAAACAUUAUCUAGUUUUAGGAUUCAGCUGCAUUUAGGCAAGCUGUCGGGAAUGAAGUGUGCUCAAGGUGCUUUUGUGUUGUUAAAUUCGCUUGAGUGUGCUUACUGGGAUGGCGCAAUUUUCGAAAGACGCGGUAUGGUAUCGUUCGCCUGCGAUACACUUCAGUCGCGUUGGUGGCUGCAUGCGAUUUGACGUACAUUCUGCGCGCAGUGAUGUCACUUGUCAGCUUAUUUUAUGAAAUGUCAAACGUUUUACAUGUAACGCGCGAGUGAAUAGUAAACAAAUUGACAGUGAAAUUGAUAUCGAUGCUGUGAAAUUAAAUACGAGUGACAUGGACUGUUAUUACUCGAAAUUUUAUCCAAGGCGUAAGUGACAAAUGGAAAGUUUGCGGUGAUCAAUAGACGCGAUGCAUCCAGCAGGGUACUACGCGAAUCUUGCGAGCGGCGCGCUCGCAGCCGGCACCAUUGCGUCCCCCUGGAGCACGGCGGCCGGCGCGCCCGACACCAAUGGCUCGGGCGGCGCCGACGCUAAGCACCUGGACGUCGGCGAUGCCAGCGACGAUGAAAAGGAUAUGUCCGCGGCCGAUGCGGAGGGAGUAUGGAGUCCAGACAUUGAGCAGAGCUUCCAAGAGGCCCUGGCCAUCUACCCGCCGUGCGGCAGGCGCAAAAUUAUUCUCUCCGACGAGGGCAAGAUGUACGGAAGAAACGAGCUGAUAGCAAGGUAUAUAAAAUUGAGGACAGGAAAAACGCGCACGAGAAAACAAGUGUCAUCCCACAUACAGGUGCUAGCUAGGCGGAAACUUCGAGAAAUACAGGCCAAACUCAAAGUGGAUGGUGGGGUGAUGAAAGAAAAGGCCAUGCAGUCAAUGAGCACACUAUCUAGCGCACAGAUCGUAGCUGGUUUACCGCACCCAGCGUACCACCAUACGGUACUCAACUUGCAAAAGCAAUUUUGGCAACCGGGUCUACAAGCCGGACCUUCACAAGACGUAAAACCGUUCCCUGGUGCUGGUUACAAGGGUGUCCCAGGAGUAGGAGGAGUGGGAGUACCGAGUGGGACAGACGUUGCGCCGCCACCGCCGUGGGAGGGCCGCGCGAUCGCCACGCAUAAACUACGACUUGUAGAGUUUUCUGCCUUCGUUGAACACCCACGGGAUCCAGAAACGUACCCAAGUUCGGCGCCGGCGCAACAUCUAUUCGUACAUAUAGGUGGCACCGUUACGUACGCAGAUCCUUUAUUAGAGUCAGUCGACGUACAACAGAUUAAUGAUAAGUUCCCAGAGAAGAAAGGAGGCCUCAAGGAGUUAUAUGAGAAAGGUCCACGGAAUGCGUUCUUCCUCGUCAAAUUCUGGGCAGACUUGAACACAAAUAACCUGGACGAUCCUGGAGCCUUUUACGGGGUCACUAGUGUGUAUGAAAGCAACGAAAACAUGACUAUAACGUGUAGUACGAAGGUGUGUUCGUUCGGCAAGCAAGUCGUUGAGAAGGUGGAGACGGAGUACGCGCGCUUUGAAGGCGGCCGCUUCGUCUACCGCAUACAUCGGUCGCCCAUGUGCGAGUACAUGGUCAACUUCAUACACAAACUGAAACAUCUACCUGAGAAGUAUAUGAUGAACAGCGUUUUAGAAAACUUCACUAUACUGCAGGUGGUGUCAAACCGAGAUACACAAGAGACAUUAUUAUGUGCAGCGUUUGUGUUUGAAGUGUCGAACAGUGAGCACGGCGCGCAGCACCACAUCUACAGGCUCGUCAAAGACUGAUCGCCCGCCGCCGCGCGCUCCGAGACAACCAUUCCUCACGCAAGCCGAAUGCAGACUGCGCUGGCCCGCACAGCGCCACGCACCGCCGGCGCAUGCGCACUCACAAUUAACCCUCAACCAUGGAAUUGAAUCACCUUUCCACUAGAGUUCAUAAUGUGCGUGCGCCGGUUACAAGUAUAUAUGUACAGUAACUACUAAUAUAAUAGACUAUGUACCCGCGACAGCCAUCCCGAUGGCGCCCCCUCGCGGCCCUCUACGAGUGCUGUCCUAAUUUCACUCUGCUCGUACUUUCUCUUUAGAUUCAAAAAUAAAAAUAUUUGUUAUUAAAACCUAUAAUAGCAAAAUGUGAUCUGAAAAUUACGCUACAAGUAUUUUUGUAACUGAGUGUUUAUUAUACAUAGCUCAAUU